CAGACAGUCAGCGAUUCUGGAAUCAUCUAUUUUGAGGUCAAACGAAUGCCAAGUAAAGAAGCUAUUUAUGUGUGGGAAUAACCUGGGUCCUGAGGGAGUGCUGGAGCUGUGGAACGCUUUGGAACACAACACCACUGUGGAAGAGCUGUAUCUGGACAUCACCGGCAUCACUGAAAGAGGAACAGAAAACAUAGUGAACUGUCUCAGCAAAAACACCUCUUUGAAAACCCUCACUAUUGUGGGGAAUGACAUUGGAGAAGAAGGCAGGAGGAGGCUUCGGCAGCUCCAGCAGUGCAGACCAGAACUCCGCAUCAUUGCCAACUUUGUGGAUGACAUAGGCUUACUGCAGGCCUACCUGGACUGGGUGGAGGAGAUCCAGGCUGAUCGGGAUCAGAUGGAGUCGGUGAAGAACGCAGACGCCCUCCUCUCAGUGCUCAGAGGACUGCAGGUGGCUGGAGAGGUGCACAAGGCAGAGAAUGCAAACAAGGCCAAAGAACUUCAAAUGAAGAUCACACAGCUGCUGGAGACCAUAAAGGGGUGA